ACCACCUUUUCUCUCACACUUGUCUCUCUCACUCUCUCUCUCUCCCUCUACACAACACAACAAUACCACUCUUCUCUCUCAUUCCUUCACCAUCAUUCUCAAUAACCAUGGCUGAUAGACUCACCUUCCAAACACCGCUAUCACCGCACCAUGCGUUCCUCCGAAGGCUCCAAGAUCACACUCCCAACUCCACCCAGCUCGCCGGCCUCUUAACCCUUCUCAUCACCGGUUCAAUCUUGCUCCUCCUCACCGGCCUAACCGUCACCGGAACCAUAAUCGCCAUGAUUUUCUUCUCCCCCUUGAUAAUCAUCUCCAGCCCUAUUUGGGUCCCAAUCGGAACCCUAUUUCUUCUCAUAACCGCCGCCUUCUUAUCCAUGUGCGGAUUCGGGAUCGUUCUCGUCGCCGCCGUGUCUUGGAUGUACCGUUACUUCCGGGGAAUGCACCCGCCCGGUUCCGACCGGGUCGAUUACGCCCGGAGCCGGAUCUACGAUACGGCCACCCACGUCAAGGACUACGCUAGAGAAUACGGUGGCUACUUGCAGAGUAAGGUUAAAGAUGCUGCACCCGGUGCUUAGCUUCGCUCUGAUCCGUUCAUUCAGGACGCGAACCAAACCGGUGUUUGUUUGGACCGAUUUGGAUCGGGUAAUGGUGAACCAGUUUUUAUAAUUUUUGGUAUUGUUAUUUGUAUGGUGUAUAAUUAUUACUACUCUGUAGGAGUUAAUUAUUCCCUUCCGCUGUUAUUUUAUUCUUGCGUUGUUUCAUUUCUUCCUUUUUCUUAUGGGGGUUUUCGGGUGUGUGUAAUUUUGAUCAAGACAUGAAAAUUGCCAAUCCAUUAUCCGAUUA